GUCAAAGUGAAAAUGACAAUUUCUGAAUGAAAACAUUAAAAACAUCCAUGGAAAUUGGAAAUAAAAAAUGAAUAGUGUUUACGAUUAUUUAAUUGAUAAUGAGAAUAAUACUAAAACGAGUUUUUCGAUAUUCGUUGCUAUUCUGUAUUUAAUGAUAUUAUACAUUCAAAUAAUUAGCAUUUAUGUCAUGUGUAGAUUUCAAGAAAUGUAUCAAUAAUUUUAGUCAUGUUUAUCUUCGAAGAACCCUUUGAUUCAAAUAAUGAUUGGUAUUUAGGUGACCAUCAUACAGGGAAGUUAACGAAAGAAGUACUUAAAACCAUUUCAAAUGCACAAAUGCUUGGAGUUCAAUUUUUAUAUGAUAAUUUUGCGAAAGAGGCAAAAUUUCAGAGAGGGGGUGCAAUUUUAAAUCAAGAUGAAGAAUUAAAUAUGCCUCUACAAGUUUCUGCCUUCCUAAGUUCUGUUAAAGAGAAAAUUAAUGAUGAAUCACCCGUCUUGAUAAUAUCCUCGGUAUAUUCGCUUUGCAAAUGGCAUUAUCAUAUCACUAAAGCUGGAUUUGAGCCAAGAAUAAUCAGUUCUGAUAAUUUCAAUUGUUCCAGUGUAUAUCUACUUAGCUCAGAUUCUUUGAAAUUGGCAGAAAAGCUUUUAGAUUUUAAUUUAUUUUGUGUGGUGAUAGAUGAUUUUGAUGUCCUAGCAACUAAACUGCUUGUGAAGAAAUUGAGAGGAUAUUUUAAUAUUGGUCUCACCAAAAGGAACUUUUAUGAAAAUCCUGACCAAAAGCUCAAAUGGUUGAUGUUGAAUUGGGCUGUACCUGGAUGUGUUGGAAAACUCAAUGAUUUUUACAGGAUUGACAAUCUGCACUCCUUGUCUUUUGCUGAUAAUUAUCGAUUUUGGUGGAUGAGACUCACUUGGAAGUUUUGCGAUUCAUUUGAGCCACCUUCUGAAGAUGAUCUUGAGGAAUACCAUCAAAAACUACAAUCAUGGAGUAAUCUUCAUAAUAUCGAAAUAUAUGGUAAAGCUAAACAAGGUACCAAGCGUAAUAAAAAUGGAAAUCAACCAGCCAAAAGAAAAAAAAUAGAUGAUGAGAUGUUACAAGUAAAAGAUGUAGAUUUAUCAAAUAACAUACCAAAUGAAGUGAAAAUGGAGAUACCAGAUGACAUAGAAGAAUCCUAUGAAAAUAGAGAUAUAGAAGAAGUAAAUGAAGCAUCAAAUAAUUUGGUGAAGAAUUUCAUAACCGACCAAUCCAAAGAAGAGAAAGAUGUGGAUUUAUUUGAUUUCAAUCUCACAAAAGUAAAAUCUGAAGUUGCUGCUAUUCCCACAGAAAUGGAAUGUGAUGAAGAUGAACCAAUUUUAUCUAUCAUUUAUUCCAAAAUGCCACAUAGAACUGAAGAUGAUUUAUCAUAUUGUAAUGAAUUUCCUAAAUCAUUAGAAAAUAAAUCUAAAUCGCUUUCAAUUUUGGAUAAUGACAAGGAAAGUGCGAUCAAAAGUCAAACAUAUCUGCAACUUUCAAACAUCUUAGACAAUCUUUCUGAUGAUGAACAUGAUAUUGAAAUACAUUCUGAAGAAAGUUCUUUCUUCUCAGAUCUCAUAUCCAAUAAUAAAUAAAAGCAUUACAUUAAAAAAAAAAGAACAUUUUGGUGUCUUCCUUCUGUUCCCAUUCAUUCAAAUCAAA